UAUUUUUACUCUUAUUUUUGUGAUCGAAAAAAAAUUUUUGGAGGGAGAGAGUAAAGUAAAUUUGAAGCCUUUUUAUUUUUGCUAUCUCUUAUAUCGAGUCCCCUUAUUUCUUUUCAAUAUCAUGUUCCUUUCAAUGUCCCCUUCGCAUUACCCAACAAUGUCCCCUUCACACUACCUUACAAUGUCCCUUUUACAUUACCUUACCAAUGUCCCCUUCGCAUUACCUACUAAUGUCCCCUUCACGUUACCCAGUAAAAUAUCCCAUUUGCACAACCAAACAACGUCCCAUUCAAACUACAUACCCAAUGUCCUCUUCACACUACCUACCUACGUUCCCUUCACACUAUCUAACAAUGUUCUCUUCACACUAGGGGUUUGCCGAAACAGAUUUUAA